ACCGAGGUGGGCAGGUGCGGGCCUGUGCGGGGCCGCAGAGGAGCCCGCGGUUCCCAGCCGCGCCUAGCCGUCGGGGGAGCUCCUGUGCUGCGGCGGCGUGAACUCCUGUGCACCUGCUCCUGAGCGCCGACUGAGGCCAGAUCAUGGCCCUCCACCCUAGAAGAGUCCGGCUGAAGCCCUGGCUGGUGGCCCAGGUGGACAGUGGCCUCUACCCUGGUCUCAUCUGGCUACAUAGAGAUUCCAAACGCUUCCAGAUCCCCUGGAAACAUGCCACACGGCACAGCCCCCAACAAGAGGAAGAAAACACCAUUUUUAAGGCUUGGGCUGUGGAGACCGGAAAGUACCAGGAAGGGGUAGAUGAUCCUGACCCAGCUAAAUGGAAGGCCCAGCUCCGCUGUGCUCUCAACAAGAGCAGGGAGUUCAGCCUGAUGUACGACGGCACCAAGGAAGUGCCCAUGAAUCCCGUGAAGAUCUACCAAGUGUGUGACAUCCCCCAGCCCCAGGGUUCUGUCAUUAACCCAGGAUCCACAGGCUCUGCUCCCUGGGAUGAGAAAGAUAACGAUGUGGAUGAAGACGAUGAGGAGGAUGAGCUGGAUCAGUCACAGCACCACGUCCCCAUCCAGGACACCUUCCCCUUCCUGAACAUCAAUGGUUCUCCUAUGGCGCCAGCCAGCGUGGGCAACUGCAGUGUGGGAAACUGCAGCCCUGAAUCAGUGUGGCCCAAAACAGAACCUCUGGAGAUGGAAGUACCCCAGGCCCCCAUUCAACCCUUCUAUAGUUCUCCAGAGUUGUGGAUCAGCUCCCUCCCCAUGACUGACUUGGACAUCAAGUUUCAGUAUCGUGGGAAGGAGUAUGGGCAAACGAUGACGGUGAGCAACCCCCAGGGCUGCCGGCUCUUUUAUGGGGACCUGGGCCCCAUGCCUGACCAGGAGGAGCUCUUUGGUCCUGUCAGCCUGGAGCAGGUCAAGUUUCCAGGUCCAGAGCAUAUCACCAACGAGAAGCAGAAGCUGUUCACUAGUAAGCUGUUGGAUGUCAUGGACAGGGGACUGAUCCUGGAGGUCAGCGGACAUGCCAUUUAUGCCAUCAGGCUGUGCCAGUGCAAAGUGUACUGGUCAGGGCCAUGUGCCCCCUCACUUGCUGCCCCUAACCUGAUUGAGAGGCAGAAGAAGGUCAAGUUGUUUUGUCUGGAAACGUUCCUGAGUGAGCUCAUUGCCCACCAGAAAGGACAGAUAGAGAAACAGCCACCUUUUGAGAUCUACUUAUGCUUUGGGGAAGAAUGGCCAGAUGGGAAGCCCCUGGAGAGGAAACUCAUCUUGGUCCAGGUCAUUCCAGUGGUGGCUCGCAUGAUCUAUGAGAUGUUUUCUGGUGAUUUCACCCGGUCCUUUGACAGUGGCAGCGUUCGCCUGCAGAUCUCCACUCCAGACAUCAAAGAUAACAUCGUUGCUCAGCUCAAGCAGCUGUACCGCAUCCUUCAAACCCAGGAGAGCUGGCAGCCCAUGCAGCCUGCCCCCAGCAUGCAGCUGCAGCCUGCCACCACCAUGCAGCUGCCGCCUCCUCUGCCUGCCCAGUGACCCAGACUGCCGUGCGUGUCCUCUUCUCUCCUCUCAUUUUUAUAUUGUACAUAAGGAUUUUUUAAAUUCAGAUUUAGUCAACUUUUAAAUCUCCUUUCUAUAACCUCAUUAGAAGUCUGAGACUUUACAAAUAUGCUUAGUUUUAAAAGUUCCUCUAACUUAUCAAGAUUUCAUCCUCUGAGGGGUUCCUUUUAGAUCUUCCAUGGUUGGUGUAGGAGAGGUUUGAUUUGCAAGUUUAGACACCAGGACUCUAGCUGCAGCUCUGUUUCCAUCUGACUUUAGACAGAUCGUUUAACAGGAGGGCAUCAGAUGCAUCACUAAGAAAUAAAAAAGUUUUGGAAUGAUGUCCAAAAUUGCAUUCGGCCUUAAAACUCUGACUUGAUUAUUUUCCUCUACUUGUAUAAGACAAAACUGCCUGGAACAGGACCCUUCUGCAUUGUUCUUAGUCCACAUGUUUUCCCCUUCUUGCUUUCAUCCAAGUUCCUUGAGCACUGAUCUGAUCUGAAUUGAGCUCUGUUUGACCUGUUCUGCUAGUACAGUCAGCUGGCUCCCUGCUGGGGGAAGUAAGAGAGGAGCUGAUUGGUUGCCUAGCAACCAGUCUUGAUAGCUAAAUAGAGAUGGUGCCAAGGUCUGAAAGUCACCCAACCUGUGUGUGGAGUAAAAGCUCAUAAAGUGAGUGUCAAAGGGAAAGCUGGUGACAUGAAAAGCCAGAGGAUUCCAUGAGAGAAAGGUCGUCAGUGGAGGGAUUCCAGGAGAGAGAAUGUUCAGCCACGGAGGGACUCCAUGGGAGAGUCAUCAUCAGCCGUGGACCUCAUCACCACUCACACCACCUUAUUUGUGAAGUUGAUGAGAAACUUUGAUUCCAUGUGACUCAGAGCAGAGACUCUCCCUCAUUUUCGUCUCAAAGACAAUCUGGAGGGCGUUGGGCACCUAGGAUAUACUCCGACGACAAAAUGGAUGGUUCUUGUUCAAAGAUUUCCAAGAGUCUUCCUGACAUUCGGAUUUUUCCAUUUGUGAAAAACAAGGUGUUGCCUAUGUUAAAGGUCUGGACAGUGCUCUUCUGGGAAAAGUUCAAACCUGCUUAUAUCACUUGCUAUGAGCAAUGGGGACAGUGAAGAACAAUGCAGCUAUGUCUCACGGAGUGUCUGCCCCAGUCCCUUCUCAUAAUUUGAAUUCUGAGACUUAGAUGAAAAGCAAGAUGCAUCUCUCUGGGUAUAGCGUCAAUCCUGUUGAAUACCGGUGUCACAGGGACCACGCCUCUCUGUACAGUCUGCUGCCCUUAUGCUAAGAGUAGCACCUUCUGCUUUUCUAGUCACUCAAAGUUGGGGUGCAUUUAAAGUCUAAAAGCUCAACUUAAUCUUGGGUAGCUGUGAGACUUAGGAUGCAUAAGCUUUGGUUUAAAGUUCUCUACGAGAUUAUUAAAAGGAGGACAAAGAGAAAUCUGAGUGAGUUAAGAAAGGCAGGUAUCUGUGAAUAAGAGCACAGCAUAAUUGUACACACAUAGCCAUAGUAGGCUCAUGUCAGAGUAAAACUCUUUGUAUGCUAAUUAAAAUUUUUAAAGAGAAGUUUAGGUAAAAGUUUAAAAGUUGGACUUUUAUUGACUAGGAAUCAUGCAAGGCCUAGGGACUUUAUUUUAUUUUUUGGAGGAAAUGAGUAGCAUCACUUGGUGAGAUGAAGUGAGGGAGUCUUGAUUUGUGGAUGCUCCAUCUGGGAGCUCAAAGUUAAAAAUAACCCAUUAUAGAGAAAGUGGGUAGGGACAUUUCCUUUCCCUUCUGUCAAAUGUCAACAGGUUAUGAGGAACAGCCAGACAACAGGAUCUGGUAACGAAUGGUGCAAAAAUAUGUUCUAAGGGCUACGGAUUGAGUUUUUAGUGUAUGAUUAUAAUGAAACGUUGACAAACCUGUUGGGACAAUGAAUGAUUUUGUGUGGUCCUAACUAGACAGUCCAGUUUCUUUCUUGACUUGCAUCUGUUUGGGAAUGCUGGGAGUACAUGCAGGGUCUUCUCUUGUCAUCUUCAGUAAGCUUUCUCUGGUGUUGGUAGAUACCAGGUCCCCUCCUUUUAGGAAUACUAAGUUUGCUCCCCUUCACUCCCCAGCUGUCUUUUUCCUUGCCUUCAUCUGCAGACUCAGAAGGGAGGAGGGUUUCCCUCAGUUCCUCCUUUUUCUUACUGUGCACUCCAGAUUAACUCUGUUAAAAGAACCACUACAGUCAAACCGGGAAGGCAGAUGUUUAAUCUCCUUUCCACAAUUAAGUUCCUGGUUGUAUGUUCCUGUAGCAUCUUAAACUUUCAGAGUAACCGUGUCAUUUGUUAACUGCUCUGCAUCUAUGUCUGACUGACAACUUGGAAAGUGAAAACUGUCUGUCUUAGAUUUAUUGCCAGGUCUUUAGCAGUGUCUGAUACAGUGUGUUCUAAGAUAUUUGUGCUAUAAUAAAUGAACUAAGUUUUCAAUUUGGAGAUUUAUUGGUAACUACCAUGGGAAUGUAAAAUAAAUUUGGGAAGAAAAAAAAAUAUAAAGCUAGA